AUGGACAAGGAAGGAGGAACAAUUUCCAGACCGCCCCUACUGAUAGGGCCUGAGAACUAUGACUACUGGAAAGCUAAGAUGAUGGCUUUCUUAAAAUCCAUUGACAGCAGAACAUGGAAAGCUAUUGAAAAUGGCUGGGAGGCUCCAGUUGUUCUUGACAAAGACGGGAACAAGACAACUGAGGUUAAGGCAGUAAAGGACUACUCAAAGGAUGAGGAUGAACUAGCUCUUGGUAACUCAAAAGCUCUAAAUGCCAUCUUCAAUGGAGUGGACAUCAAUAUGUUCAGACUUGUUAAACGAUGCACUGUAGCAAAGAAUGCAUGGGAAAUACUAAGGAAAGCACAUGAAGGAACAAGCAAGGUAAAAUUGUCUAAACUUCAGAUGCUUCGUACAAACUUUGAAAACCUGUGUAUGAAGGAAGAAGAGACCAUUCAUGAUUUUCACAUGAAUAUUCUAGAAUUUGCAAACUCAUUUGAUGCGUUAGGAGAACCCAUAUCUGAUGAGAAGCUUGUAAGCAAAAUUCUCAGAUCUCUUCCUAAGAGGUUUGACAUGAAGGUAACAGCAAUAGAAGAGUCUCAAGACCUAGCAACUAUUCAAGUAGAUGAGCUAAUAGGAUCUCUUCAAACCUAUGAGCUAGGCAUGAAUCAAAGAAAAGAAAAGAAAAAUAAAAGCUUAGCUUUUGCCUCCAACACUGGAGAAGAUGAAGAAUCAGAUCUGGAGAGUGAUGAAAGUUUGUCAGAAGCAAUGGUCUUGCUAGGAAGGCAAUUCAACCGAGUCAUGAAAAGAAUGGACAAAAAGUCUAAGUUCAAUGUGCCAAGCAUCAAGCUCGACAUCAACAAACAGACCAAUGAUCAAAGAAGGGCUAGAAGUGAUGAGAAAACCAGUCAGUCAGAAGGGGUCCAGUGUCAUGAAUGUGAAGGAUAUGGACACAUCAAAGCUGAAUGUCCUACCUUUCUGAAGAGACAAAGGAAAGGUCUGACUAUCACUUGGUCAGAUGAGGAUGACUCAGAGGAGGAAACUGAAAGUGGAUCUGCAAAACAUGUCAAUGCGUUGACAGGUGUGUGUGAAUCUGAUGCUGAAUCAUGUGAUGGAACAUCCUAUGAGGAACUGCUUACCACCUAUAAGGAUCUGUUCAUCAGAAGCAAUGAAGUUUACAAAGCGUUGGAAAAACAAAAGAAGGCGAAUUGUCAACUGCAGGCUGAGAAGAAUGAAUGUCUGGUAACAAUUGAUACUCUCAACAAAGAAAUUGAAAAACUGAAUGGUGACUUGGAGCAUGCUAGAAGACAAGUCAGAGUUUAUGGAUCAGGAGAAGAAAAAUUCCAAGCAAUGCUAUUGAAACAAAGUGCAGGAAAGAAACCAAUUGGCUUUGACUAUGAGAUUGUUGAUCAACAAAUGGGAUACAACAAAGCUACAAUCAGUACUCCCAUUGAGAAGACUUUUCCUGUCAGUGCUGGCUUUUUACCACCACAUCCUCCCACACACCAGGGAACUGACACUUGGUUAAAACCCAAACUUGAGCCUCCUGCACAGACUGGAUCGAUGCCUCAACAUCCUCCUCCACAUCGGAAUAACUGGUCAAGAACUAAAUCUAGAAGAAGGAACUGGAGAUGUCACUAUUGUGGUAGGAAAGGGCACAUAAGGCCUUAUUGCUAUAAAUUGUAUGGUUACCCAAAGAAUUUCCGGUCACCUGCACCAAAGCCAGAAAAUGUGAAGACUAAGAAAGAGUGGAAAGAAAAGGAGAAUGAUGUAUGUCUGAUAGCUCACACAUCACUACGAGCAUCAUCUAGACAAGAUUGUUAUGUAACCUUUGGUGAUGGAGCUAAAGGAGAGAUAAAAGGAAUUGGGAAUCUAAUCAACAAUGGAUUGCCAAAUCUAGAUAAUGUUCUAUUGGUGAAAGGCCUUACAACUAAUCUAAUCAGCAUUAGCCAGUUGUAUGAUCAAGGCAUGAAAGUAAACUUCACAAAGUCAGAAUGUCUUGUUACAAAUGAAGAAGGAAGACUCUUGAUGAAGGGUGUGAUGUCAAAGGACAACUGCUACUUAUGGGUCUCUGAAGAAGAAAACCACUUGUCCACGUGUCUCUUAAGCAAAGAGGAUAAAGUGAAGCCGUGGCAUCAAGAAAUUAGUCACUUACAUUUGAGAGGUUUGAAGAAGGUCAUAGCAGAAGAAGCAAUCAGGGGGAAUGCAAAGCUCAAGAUUGAGGAAGGAACUAUAUGUGGUGAGUGCCAAAUAUGCAAGCAAACCAUGGUGGCACAUCCAAGGCUCCAACAUCCGGUUACAUCUAGAGCACUUGAACUAUUAAACAUAGAUCUGAUGGGACCUAUGCAGACUGAAAGUCUUGGUGGUAAAAGAGAAAAAGAGGUUGUUAUUGUAAGAAUAAGAAGUGAUCAUGGCAAAGAAUUUGAGAAUGCAAAAUUCUUUGAUUUAUGUGCAUCAGAAGGAAUUUUUCUUGGAUACUCCACAAACAGCAGAGCUUACAGAGUUUAUAACUCUAGAACUAAAGUUACCAUGGAAUCAAUCAAUGUGAUAGUUGAUGCUGCACCAUCAACCAAAACAGAAGAUGUUGAAUCAUCCAUUCAACAGUCAUAUGAUAUUGUAUUUGAUGAAGUUUCAGGUUCUAACAAUGAAUCUACUAAUCCUAAAUCAGAACCUGCCCGUGUCAACAAAGUCCCAUUUAUCAGGGAUUUAGCUGAAGAAAAUAUUGUGAAGCUUGAUCAUGUUGCUAUUGAAGAACAGGUGGCUGACAUAUUCAGUAAAGCAUUGGAUGUUGUUGAGUUUGAAAGGCUAAGGGGCAAAUUAAGAAUUUGCCUGCAUAAGGAAUUGUAG